CGGCGCCGGGGGGGGGCACCGCAAUCCACCACAGCGAGACUUGGGGGCUGUCGCUGGAGAGUGGGGAAGAGUCCCGUUAGUGUCGGCGCCAGGCGGAGGGGCACGGGGACUUAAAAGGGGAGAGGGAGCUCGGUCACUUUCCCUCCUUUCUCCCCUCCCGAGCUCAACUGUAGAAAAAUAUGGGAGACGACAGGCCGUUUGUGUGCAGUGCCCCCGGCUGUGGACAGAGAUUUACCAAUGAAGACCACCUGGCUGUUCAUAAACUCAAGCAUGAGAUGACAUUGAAAUUUGGUCCUUCCAGAACAGAUUCCGUCAUCAUAGCAGUAGAUCAAACUCCAACACCAACGCGUUUUCUGAAGAAUUGUGAGGAAGUUGGUCUCUUCAACGAGUUGGCGAGCUCAUUUGAACAUGAAUUCAAGAAAGCCUCAGAAGACGAUGAGAAAAAGUGUUCUGGUCCUCUAGAUAUGUCUCUUCCCUCUACCCCGGACGUCAAAAUCAAAGAGGAAGAGCCUGUCGAAGUGGAUUCUUCUCCUCCAGACAGCCCAGUAGGGAGUCCACAGUCACCACAGCCUAAGGAGAAGGAGAGCACUUCAAAACCUAUUAUCAUUUCUACGCCUACACCAACUAUUGUCCGUCCUGGAUCUUUGCCACUGCACUUGGGAUAUGACCCCCUACAUCCAACUCUUCCUUCUCCAACCUCAGUCAUCACCCAGGCACCACCUUCCAACAGACAGCUCGGGUCUCCUACCAGUUCUGUACCACUUGUCAUGCACCUUGUGAAUGGACAGACUAUGCCGGUCCUUCCUGGCCCACCCGUUCAGAUGCCUUCUGUCAUAUCGCUGGCAAGGCCGAUGCCUAUGGUGCCAAACAUUCCUGGUAUUCCUGGUCCCCCGAUUAUCAGCAGUGGCUCAAUUUCACCAUCAGGCCUUCCAGGACACUCUGAAGCUAAAAUGAGGCUAAAAGCCAGCCUGACGCAAGGAAUUACUUCCUCACUGAACGGCAGCAGCAUGAUGGUGGGAUCAGCGAGCACAAUGGUGACUUCCCAUCCUGAACAGGGUCAGAUACUUAUCCAGCACCCUGAUGCACCUUCUCCAGCCCAGCCACAGGUUUCCCCAGCUCAACCCACACCAAGUACAGGUGGCCGACGGAGACGCACAGCAGAUGAAGAUCCAGACGAACGUAGGCAGCGUUUCUUGGAGCGGAACCGCGCUGCUGCCUCCCGUUGCCGCCAGAAACGCAAGCUCUGGGUGUCGUCUUUGGAAAAGAAAGCAGAAGAGCUCACCACACAGAAUAUCCAUCUAAGUAACGAAGUUACAUUAUUAAGGAAUGAAGUUGCGCAGCUCAAACAACUAUUGUUGGCUCACAAGGACUGCCCUGUCACUGCAUUACAGAAGAAAACACAAGGUUAUCUUGAAAGCCCCAAAGAGAGUUCUGAGCCCACCGGUUCUCCAGCUCCUGUCAUCCAGCACAGUUCGGUGACUGCAUCUCCCAAUGGGCUGAAUGUCCGCUCUGCAGCUGAAGCCGUUGCCACUUCAGUCCUCACUCAGAUGGCCAACCAAAGGACAGAACUGAACGUGCCCAUACAGUCACAUGUCAUUAUGGCGCCGCAGUCCCAGUCUGCUGGCAGAUGAUGUCGCCAGUUGCAUGGCAUAGAACUAACCAGUGAACUGCAGCCAGACAGACUGAUCAUAACUAAGCCCCUUGUUCAAAAUGGGGUGGAUACAGUUUUUGUUUUGUUCAUUUGUUUUAUUCUUUUGAUUUCUUAAAAAUGAGUGAAGGGCAGCUAUGGAGCUUCUAACAAAGUAUAUUUCACAUAGGUCCUGCCUCAAACAUCUAUCAUAGGGCCAUCAUCUUUCCAAAGGGUGGCUUUGGAAUAAGUCAUUUUGCCACACUUUAGAGACCAUUUCUCAUCCUAUCUAGAAUCAACCAUUUGGAUAGCCUUAUACAGUGUGAUCUUAAAUGGUUAAAGUUCAGGUAUACAUUGUGCUAACACUAAGCCUCCCUUAGUUCGGUUACUCGUGGUGCUUCCUUGUCUUGGCUACUGUAGCAAGAGAAAGCAGUUCUUGGGAGGUGCUGUGGUGUUUUGCUGGUGCUGGCCAUUUUUGUAGAAAACUUUAGCAUCCCGACCGUUUUUGUAGCAUAUCCAUCAACAUGGUACCUGACCUUCCAUUCUACACUUUCACACAGGAUUCCAGCUCACGGCUCUGAAGGUGGUAAGCUCCAUAAUUUGGUCCGGUUUGAACUGUUCAAAUUGUUUUGUGAAGAGAGUAAGAAACCCUCACUCUUAGCUGCUGCAACUGAUGGGUGAUUUUGCUGUUCUGGAAGAGGAAAUGGCAGGCCUGCUGUAUGCAUUGUAGAUCACAUAAUUUGUACUAUGCAUAUUAUCAGGGAUAUCUUUUUGGUCAUGUUGUUAUCUAAUACAGACUUUAAUUUUUGUAGUUCAAGGGGAAAGCCAUCAAAACACAAUGGGAAUUCUUUGGUUUUCAAGUUACCAGGUGGAAAGAGCUAAGGCGUAUUUCAAUAACGGGAAGGAAGAACAUUCACAAGGGCAUCUCUUACUGUGUCUAGAAAAAAAAAUAGAAUGAUUUAUGCCAGUGUUUCUCAAUCUUCACAAUUUUAAAAUAUAUGGACUUCUAGGCUGACAGGGGAAUUCUGGGAGCUGAAGUCCAGACAUCUUAAAGUUGCCAAGGUUGAAAAACACUGAUUUAUACCUUUGGAAUCUGAGUAGUUGCAGAAUCAUUCAUAAGCAUUACAGUAGUAGCUUCAAAGUUACACAGUGCUAAGCUACAGGAUGUAACUAAACAAAGUUGUUUGGGGACAACUUAAAAGUUCGCUCAAUGGCAAGGAAACAGGAAAAAGUACCUCUGUUUGCAAAUGCUAAAGAUUCAAUACUCUUAUAAGCCAUGUUCAUUUCAAAAGCUAAGCUGACAUGCUUAAACUAAGCUGAGCUUUUCAAAAUUGUGGCGUUAAAUCAUGGACUAUUUCAAAGAGAAGAAGAUGGGGGCAUACAUUCCAAAUUGCUUCCCCUCUUACUUUUUUUUUUUUUUGGUCAAAGGUUUUCCAUCCUAUUUCUCCUUCAGAUGAUGUCACCUAUUGCUUUUUUCCAUCUGUCUCUUCCAAAAUAAAUACCGAGUUUCUUACUCAUUGCUAUCACAGGGUAGAUUGAGAACAAAAAAAGAAGAAUUGGAAGUAAUCUCUCUCUUUUUCUUCUGCUUCUUGUCAGAGUGUGUGCGUGUGUAUCUUGGACUGACCUUGACAUCUUGCUAGUGGGCCAAUGUUUAGCUUGAAUCACAACCAGAGGAAAAGGUGCAGAAAGAUAGAGUGUAGCUAUCAUGAGCUUGCAACUUGCCAACUCUUCCACUAUUUUGUUUUCCUAAUUAUGUUUUUUUUUUUAAUAAACCAUUGUCCUCUAAGGGGUUGUGUAACUCCGUGCUGCCAGUCUAUACAAAGAUUUUUUAUUAUUCCUCAGUUUCCACCCACUAGAAAACACACAUAUAACACACACACAAAUGCACUUGUCUAUCUAUAUAUGUGUAAAUGUAUAUGUGGCAUGCUAAGCUUCAUGCAGGUUUUCUGUUAUUGGUGUUGCUAUUGUCACUCAAUCAAUCCAGCUUCUCAGGACUUUAAUGCCGCUUGUUCUCCAACUGUUUCCUUGCCUGAAUAUGAUGCUGCUGCUUCUGUUCUUCUGUGACGUGGUGUUUAAUUUUAAUUUCUCCUUUUCCUUUCUCCUUUGUUUAAAAGAAGCAAAAUGUAUUUUGAAUGUCUGCAGACUUCCUUUUAACAAGCAUUUCAGACAUCCUGUCACUUGUCUUCCUCCCCACCUCCCCCCCCCUUUUCCUUGCUCCCUUGAUAUGCUAAAAAUGCAAGUUGGCAAGGGCUUUGAAAUAUAACUUGUCCCAACAGGGUAUCUGUUUCCUUAGUGACAGUUCCAAUAACAGUGCACAGCAGGUGUAGCCAGGAUCUUCUCAGGUUAAUAGGAAAAGAAAUGAGCUUGCUGGCAAGUGGGACAGAUGAUAAGGUAUUUUAGUUUUCUUUUCUUUUUUUAAUUUAUAUUACUUUUUUGUACCUAUCAAAACAUAACUGUGCUGCAUUCUUUCAUUUAAAAAAGAACACUUCAGAAUUCUGCUUGCUGUUAAAUGAAUGCAAUGCCGGUCCAGAGAAAGGACGUAGAAUUUUGGUUUUGCAUAUUUUCUAUUGAGAAAUAAGGGCUCACAAUAGCAUUGAAUCUGCUGUCUGAACUGGUGCCUAGAUUCUCAUUGACAACUAGUGUUUUGUUAUGAGAAAGAACAAAUGAAGCUGUCAGUUGCGCUACUGGCCAACCUAAUUCAAUACUGUCUCAUUGGGAGGGCAUGGUAAAUAACCUGGAAAGGAAGUAUGAAUGUAUGAAGAUUUGCAAAUGAGUGAUAGGCAGAGACUUGCCAAAUAGAGGUUAAAUUUUGGGUGGAUUUCCUACCAUGGUUCAAAAUGACACCAAAAGAUAGGUACCGUACCUAUCACUCAUUUGCAAAUCUUGAUACAUUCAUAUUUACUUUCCAGGUUAUUCUUAAGCCACAGCUGCUCUACCCAGUUUGCUCCGAAUAUAAUUAGGAUUUACUGAAUCAUGCUCUGUUUUACAACUGUGCAACUCUUGGAGGGACCUGAGAAAGGACAAUACCCAGCAUUGUCCUUUCUCAGGUCCCUUCAAGAGCAGCUGUGGCUUAAAAAUAAUCUCCAAAUAUCUAAUUUAAAGAAGGCCUUUCUUUAUUUGGAGCCAUGUGAUAAAAACUCCAGAUCUUUCUCUUAGACAGGAACCUUGUUUUAGAGCAAUUGGCAAUUGAGCCUGGAACCUUCUAUAUGAAAAUCUCUAAUAUACUAUAAUCUCUCUCCUAACUGGACGUGAGGCUGCUUCAGUUACUUUUAGGCAGGGGUGUAGAGCAAGCAUUCUGCCUCAACUUGGCACUCUCUGGAAGGGCUGGAUAGAGUUAGGAUUGCAACUCUCAAUUGUAAUGGACAAAGGAGAAUAUUUGUAGCACAGGGCUGAAAUGGGGAGUCCUUGACGCUCUCUGAACCUGAUUGUUUUCUUGCAGAGAGCACCAAGGACCCCUCAGCUCUACAUUGGCUAUCUUGGCUGGAAUGGCGGGAGUUGUGAUCCAUCGCAUUUGAAUAUGCCAAGCUGAGAGAGGCUGAUCAUUAUUAAAGAUUGGGGUGGCCUUCCCUCUGCAUGAGUUCAUGGUCUGUGGUACUAUUCAGUCAUUGUCACUCAGCCUGGUUCACUUAAUUCUGUUGCAGAAUAGACAUACGUUGAAUCUUCAGUCAAUGUGAGAGUUAUGCUCAGGCUCUGAGACAGUAAGAACAAGUGAUAGUAACAGUCCAGGAACAGGUAAGAUAGCUUUUGGAAAGGACCUGGUUUGUUGGGUCUGAUAGAAUGCACAAGCUGCUUUCUGUAGGGGACAUACUGUGGUUCAAAAUCAGGGAGUAUAAUAUAAAAGAGCUUUCAUAAAAAGCAUCUCAUUCUGUUAGCUUACCCCCAGGCCAAUCAAAAUGGCGGCCCAUGGGCUGGAUGCGUCACACACAGGCCACGCCCACCCUGGCUCCGCAAAGACAAAAAAAUGUUGCAAUAUGUCACAAUACAUCACAUGAUGCAAUCGAGAUUGACACCUACCCUAAAAGAACAUGACUGCAGCCUGGCUUUAGGAGUUCCCCGCCUCAGUGGUCCAGGACUUCGAGAUAAAAAGGGAAUGUAGCGAACAAAAGCACACAUAAUAUGAGCCAAGGGGACAU